CAUCAGUUUCCGCUUAAAUUCUGGAAGAAGAACUCUGCAAUUUGGAAAAGAAAUUACGAGAACAUACUCAUCAUCCAUCAUAUGCACUUCAAAACACAAAUUUUGAUACUUGAAAAUGAUCUAACUGCUUGUUAGAGAAAGUGUUAAACAAAGGGAAGAAGGAGCUUCCAGAUAUCUUGUGGUGGAGAGACUUGAUGCAGAUAGGCGAUGACACGGAGGAUUAUGGUUUCGCUCAAAUGCUGUACAUUAAAAUUGGGGAUGGAACUAAAACACCUUUCUGGCAUAGCAGGUGGAUAGGACAUCAAACCUUAAGGUCAGCUUUCCCAACUUUAUUCUCAUGUGUGCAAAAUCCUGGGGGUAGUGUGGAUUCAAUGGGGGAGAGAGUAGGAAUGGAAUGGCAGUGGAACAUUUACAUCAGGGAACACAUGGAUCAUGCACAAGUGCAGCAAGAAAAGGAGGAACUAUUAAUCAUUCUAAAAGAAGUUGAACCAAUCACUGCAAUCCGAGACAAGUAUGUUUGGUCUUUGGGUGGUCACGAAGGUUUUAAGGUUAAAGAUUAUUACUGGAAACUACAAGAGGAUAGGGAUGGUGAUGGUAUGGUAAUGGAAAAUAGGACAGCUAUCAAUAUCAUUUGGAAAGCAAGUAUGCCAUCGAAAGUAAAGAUUUUCGCUUGGAGAAUGCUCAAAGACAGGAUUCCUACUCGCAGUCAACUUAAGCACAGAAACAUUAUUGAAGAUGAUGAUGCUUGUAGGUGUGUGUUUGGGUGCCCAACUAUAGAAGAUACCCAACACCUCUUCAUGGACUGUAUCAAAGCGAGAAAGGUAUGGAAUUUGAUUUAUCAAUGGUUGGGAAUUUAUGUGGAUAUGAAUGUGGACUGUGGGAAUCAUCUACUACAAUUUGUGGAGACUUUGAAACAACACUGCCCAGUAAAGAGAGCAGUGGCAAUCUGGGCAGCAGUAUGUUGGUGUUAUUGGAAGCUCAGAAAUGAAAUAGUUUUCGAGAAUGGGAAUGAAGAUCUAGAAGGCAUGGUGCACAAGGUGAAGAUGUUCACCUGGUGGUGGAUGGCCAUUGGAAGCAAGACGAAGCUAGGUUGUUCUUUCUAUGAGUGGCAUAAUUAUCCUCUAUUAUGUAUGUCUUAGCAAACCUGCUAUAUUGCUUUCCCAUGCUAUAACUAGAAUUAGUCUUUGAGCUGA